AUGUGCAACGUGGCAUUGCUCCAAGAACUGACGGAAAAAUUGCCCCCGCCCAUUAGGUUAAAUUGGGCGUACCACCGUCAGAAUCUGAACAGAGCGACGCUUUCGGAAUUUGGAGAUUGGCUAGAGAAAUUGGUCGAGGCGGCUAGCAUUGUUACAAUGCCAUCAAUCAGCGCUUUAAAGCUGGAAAAACGAGGGAAAAAAGAUGAAAAUUUCAUCAAUGUUCACACGGAAAGCGAUGUCGACAUUGGAGCCCCUGUAAGAAAUCAUAUGGCUACUACUCCAAGAGUUUGCUUGGUCUGCUUAGGUCAAUGCGGUAGCAUUGAGAAGUGUCCCAAAUUCCUUGAAUUGAACGUUUCAUCUCGAUGGAGUAAAGGAGCAGAAGUUAUGCAGAAAGUGUAUACGAAAGCAUUUUGGAGCCUGUCAAAUGAAAUCGUCCUGUGGGAAGAAUGGCUGUCCAUACAUGUCAAUAGCUUGCUGCAUGAUAGCAAUCGUUAUAGCAAGUCCACCAAUGAAGUAUCUACUAGUUCGACGAACGAAAAUCCGACAAUACAGAGCUGCAACACACACUUGAAGGCGACGACUAGAGUGUUGUUCCGGUACGUGCCAGUAACAAUAUACGGAAAGGGGAAGCAAGUAAAAACAUACGCCUUUCUGAACGAUGGAUUGUCCGCAACAUUGAUAGAGCACAGUCUGUUGAAAGAGCUAGGUCUUAAAGGAACACCGUAUCCACUAUGCCUUGAUUGGACAGGCGGUCAACAACGGGAGGAGAACGAGUCAGUUGUACUAUCUCUGAAAAUUUCCGGUACAAAUGAAGCCAGUGAAGUAUUCGAAUUACCGGAAGUUCACUCAGUUCGGGAUCUCUCUCUUCCGGAGCAAUCGAUGUCAAUCUCCAAAAUGAAGGCCAGGUACAAUCAUCUUGAAGGGUUGCCUCUGGAAUCCUAUGGCAGUGUUUCUCCCAAAAUAAUGAUAGGCAUGAAUAAUUGCCGUUUGGGCCAUGCUUUGAAGAGCGUUGAAGGAGGUGAAAACGAACCGGUCGUGUCCAAGACUCGGUUGGGUUGGAUCGUUUACGGACCCUGUGCGAUAGCAUCGGGCACAACUUAUUCCGGUUAUAGUGGCCACCAUAGUUUUCAUAUCUGCCCGUGCGCCAAGGAAGAAGCAAUUGACUUGGACGCUGCCUUUAAGAAGUACUUCUCAAUCGAAUCCUUAGGCAUCUCAGGGUCUACAAAAACUCUAUUAUCGAAAGAUGAGGAACGGGCGAUAGAAAUAUUGUCAUCCGAAACACGAUUAAUCGGAAACCGUUACGAGACCGGUUUGCUGUGGCGGUUUGCUCAAGUACAGCUGCCUGACAAUAGAGAAAUGGCUCUGAAGCGAUUUGCUUGUCUUCAAAAGCGGUUGAAGCGAGAACCUAAUUUAGCUACAGCGAUGCGUGCGAAGAUGUCCGAGUAUGAAGAAAAAGGGUAUAUCCGACGACUUUCAGCAACGGAGAAGGCGGAAAAGCAUCCCAAAGACUGGUAUCUGCCGAUCUUUCCAGUCACAAACCCGAACAAACCUGGGAAGCUACGAAUCGUAUUUGAUGCGGCGGCGAAAGUCAACGGUGUCUCGCUAAAUUCGUUGCUUCUGACGGGACCUGAUCAACUAGUAUCGCUGCUCACCGUGCUCUACAAAUUCCGGGAGUUCCGCAUCGCCGUCGUGGGAGACAUCCGCGAAAUGUUCUUCCAGGUCCGAAUGAAGGAGCAAGAUCAGCGGAGCCCGAUGAUUUUAUGGAACAAUGAAAGACCAGAGGAUGAGCCCGAAGUGUACGUGGUUAGGGUCAUGACUUUUGGCGCGGCGUGUUCCCCGAGCUGUGCACACUACGUGAAAAAUCGUAAUGCUGAUAGAUUCAGUGACCAGUAUCCGAGAGCGGUUGAGUACGUUAAGUAUGAACACUAUGUUGGCGACAUGUUGGCGAGUGUUGAGACUGAGGAAGAAGCGGUGAAGCUAGCCAGCGAAGUAAGAACCAUUCACUCUCAACAUACUUAA